AUGGCAGAGAUGCUUGAUGCUGCUUCCAUAAUUCAAAGCGCGGAUGAAUACAGUCUGGUGAUCAUAGACGAGCUUGGCCGAGGAACAAGCACUGAGGAUGGCUUUGGGUUAGCCUGGCAUAUCACUAAGUAUAUUGCCGCUGAGUCUAAGUCCUUUGUGCUCUUCGCGACGCACUUCCAUGAGCUGGCUACACUUGCCUCCACGUUUCCUGAUGGUGUAGUCUCAAAUGCCCAUGUAGCUGCAGCUGUUGAUGAGCGUACUGGCAAGAUAACUUUCCUCUACUCUAUUCGCCCAGGCCCUACAACGCAGAGCUACGGCAUGAACGUCGCGAGGCUGGCCGGUUUCCCUGAAGACGUCGUAAUGUCAGCCGAAGCCCGUGCAUCAGGGUUGUCGACAGUUACCGACAAGGUUAUCAAGCAGCUGUUGUUGAGGCACUUUGCCGAGGUCUCGAAGAACCGCGACGAAUUUAUCGAGAAGGCGCAUCUCCUUAGGGUUUAA